UUGUUGUAUCAUGUAUUUCGAAUGAAUUGCUUUAUAAACUAUGUCUAUACGAAAAAUCUGAUUGAAGUCUUUGGAUAACUACCGUAUUAGGUAAUACUUAGAUAAUAACACUCAGGACAAAUAUAGUUAUAAGGUCAAUGCAAAACAUCCGAAUGCAAUUAUGUAAAGAAUGAAUCAAACUAGAAGGAAUAAAACAAAAGAGAGUGAUUCCAUGCGUGUUUAAUGAGAAGUGGUUGUUUGGAAACUGGCUGAUGUUCGGCAAGGCUUACAAAAGCGGUAAAUCACCUGUACGGUUGUUUUCACGUUAACAACGGUAAAGCUCUGAAAAUAAACGUACAAGUAUGGGAGAAAUUUCAAAAGGAAAUUUAACCAUGAGCAAUCUCAACACUGAAGGAUAUAAUAAGAUGGAUCCAAAUAUUCAGAAAUUUUUCAGCACAGAAAAUCAUGGAGAUUUCAUCCUUAAAGGAUUGCAGCUUAAUUUUCCUGCAGGUGUUGUGUUGUCGAUGUUGUUCGUUCUGUUGUUAGUGAUGUUGCAUGAAGGAUUUACCUAUUGGAUUCAACACAAAUGGGAAAUCAUCCGUAGUCUAAAGACUUUCAGAUCAAAGAAUGACCAACAGGCGGCUGAAAGUCGUUUUCAUUUAAUUGCUACACUGAACAAACUGUUGACAACUACCCUCUUGUAUCUUAUGGUGCUAUGUCUCGUGUCAAGAAACAUUUGGAUUCUUGUUUCCGCUAUUUUGGGCAAAGGUGUUGGAUAUCUUCUCCUCCGGCCAUUCGUGUCGGCGUACGGCCAUGUGGGUUUCGAAAAGUCCAUAGAGCGACGUACGUACAUUGAAAUGGGACAUGUUAAUGGAACUGUGUCCGGAAACAAUGAAGAAUUAAUAUGUCCACUCAUAGAGGUUUCGUGUUAAGAGUCUCUAACUAACGUUUAAUAUGAUGUCUAUAUCUUUCCAUAGAGUGACUCUGAUCUGAAAACUGCUAAGCUCAUUGUAUUGUGUGUAAAAUAUACAUACAAUGGAUUUUAAUCCUUAGUGAACUUUUUCGUUGACCGUCCAAGGCCAAAACCCCACCAUUCAUUAAUGCCUGUACCUUGACCGUCUACGGCAUGUCUGUGUUAAUUUUGUACAUUAUGUGUAUAAGUAUAAGUCAAGCCCUUGUCUUACGCCCUUUAACGGUUUAUUCGUGAAAUCUUUUGCUACUAGGUUUCUCUCUGUUGUUUUAUUGUUUGAUAAUAUGUUCACGCAACACUUACUACGUAUAAGUAAAACAUAAUACAUGACUCAUUUUGAUGCAAAGCAUCAAAGACGUCGCGAAUGUUGUUGAAACAAGACUAAAAGAAAGAAGAUGCAGUAUAGAAGCAUACCAUCACUGUCCUGUGAUACCUGGAUUUUAUCAGAUGACAAAUCUCGGUAUCAAUGACCCGCUAUUUAUUGCCUAUUCGUAUGAGUAUCGGAUAUAGAUUUCUAUUUGCAGUUUUUUAUUACAAUAAGAUUAUCUUAGUGUCAUCUCUCAUAAUUCAUGUAAAAUGGUGAUAUGAAAAAAUACCUCAUUGAAGUAUAUUAAGAGUAAUAAACGUAUCAAAGGAACUUUGAAAUGCAAUUUACAAUUUCAAAAGAAUCAGUGUAUCCCGACUCAUGUGUCGAUACCAAACGUGACCGCAAACAAACAUAAUCUGUAACAAAUGUUGUCCGAAUACUUGUUUUGAUAGUUUAGUGAAUCUGGUUGUUAGCCCUUAGAACUGCAAGCCAAAUUCGAAGGUAACUGCAAGCCGGAACCUAGACAGUCUAGUACGGCCCGACUUAUUCAGUGAUUUCUUUUCUCUGUUCUUCUGAUGAUCUUGUUGCGUUUUCAUAUGCAUAUCGUACAGAAUGCGUUACGUUGCAGUUGCAGUUGGAGCUAUGUUUGUUGUGAUAGUACUAGCAGGCUUUCUCAAGGGUUUUAAACUCUGGCUGUACAUACAACAAAUAGCUUGUUCUUUUAGCGGAUAAAAACGAGCGAAACCUGAACUUGUUAUUCCCCUUUUCCUCCUAGCAAUUGUAUUAUAUGGCCAUUGAACGACUUCAGGCUCAAUAUUAUGUAACCCUUUUUAAGAUAAGCAGAUUAGCAGUUCAUUAACGACGGCCAUAAUGCCUCUUGGUCAAUUAAAUGCAGGGUCCUGA